AAGCUACCGGUAGAAGUAGAAUUCAAUAAAGCUAUAAAAUAUUAAUUGGAUUUAAAAAUUAUAUUGUGGUUCUUUCUAUGAACUGAUUUAUUGUCAUUUCCAUAGAUCCAAUUUAAACUGCAUGUGAAUCGAUCAAUGGCUAUUUCAAACUUUCAUUAUAUGUUAGAGUAUUAUUAAUACAUUAGACUUACAGUCAUUCUCAGAUAAUUGACCUGCUCAGAAUACUUUUAACAUUAAAUGAAUAAUAAAAUCUAUUCUUUAGUUCAUUAUGGUUAUUUCUGUGUGCAAUCCUUGGUCUUUUAUUAUACUUGAUGUUAAUUAUUGCAUGCUAUUAAAUUGAUUUACCUGAUAUCAAUAGACAUGUUUAAAAGGAUUUUCUUGAAGCCAUUUUGUUGGAAAUUAAUAUUGAUUGAUCAGUGUAAAAUAUUGACAAGGUUUGUCGCAUUCUUUAGUUUCAAUUGAAAAUCUGAUUUUGUUGGUGACAUAAUCUUUCAGGAGAUCUCCCCAGAAUUGAUUAUAUUCUUUAGAAAACUGGUUUGACAAGUUUCUUGUGUGGUAAUUUAUAGAUAAGAGAAAACAUUUAUAAGAUUCAAGGAAGGUAGAGACAAGAGUCUGGCAAGAGAGAAGACAGUUGUAUAAAAUGGCUAGAAGACAAUUAGAACAGGCUUUAGUAGCUGGACAAUCAAUAAGUGAAGGUAACGAAUAUCCUAGUACAUUUAGUAAAGUAGAAUUACUAAAAGAAGUAAGUUUAGAUAGUUACAGUGGUGGUACAUAUUGUCUACAGUAUAAUUAUAAUGGUCAAUAUCUAGCUGUUGGUACUGGUAAUGGUGGAAUACUUCUUUUAUCACCGAAAACUGGUCAAUUGAUUAAAGAAUUGCGGAAGUCUCGACAUGGUGGUUUACCUGUCAUGACACUACGUUAUCACCCAAAAGAUCCAACUGUAUUAAUGGCUGGUACUGCCGAUGGUAUAGUCUAUGCUUGUAAUAUAGAGGAUGGAACAUGUAAAGAAAUAAUAUCUGAAAAGGGGAAUGAAAUCAACUGUUUAGAUUUUUGUUUAGAUGGUUAUAACUUCUGCACUGCUGGAAAAGAUUUAUCUGUUAGAUAUUAUGAUACAAAAACACUUGAGUUACUAAGAACCUAUGAUGGUUGCAAUAAUUCAAAACCAUCCAAUGAAAUGUCUUGUAUGGGAUGCUCACAAAGAGUAUUUGCUUUAAAAUUUCACCCAGAAUACAACCAUAUAUUUAUUACUGGAGGCUGGGAAAAUCAUCUAAAGAUAUGGGAUUCUAGAUCAGUUGAUGGUGUGAAAAGAACUAUCUGGGGCCCACAUAUCUGUGGAGAUAGUUUAGAUAUGAAGGGAUUAAAGAUAUUAACGGGAUCAUGGACAUCAAAUCAUGCUCUACAAAUAUGGAAUUAUACAGAUGGUAAAUUAGAAAAGAAUAUUGAAUAUCCUGAUGCACCAGAUGGUGCCUUUCUGUACUGUACUCAGUUCUGUGAUAAUGAUGUUAUAUUAGCAGGAGGUAGUGGAACCAAUAGUGCUCAAGCAAUUAAUAUCACAAAUGGCACUAGUUUAGGUAGUAUUAAGAUGGAGAAACCUGUACAAGCAUUAGAUAGUGCUCUUGGUGGGAGAUUGUUUGCUGUAGGCGGAGCUGAAAACAUAAUAAAACUAGCAGCAUUAACAUAAUCUGAUAAAUUUUGUGAUACUUAUCUUUAUCAAUCAUUACCAAUUCUAAGCAUUCCAAGUUUACAUUAAUGAGUGUUGUUAAACUGUUUGUAUGUACUGAUUUAUUGUUUGAAUUUGUGUUGGCACAUUUGAAAGCAUGUGCUCCAUGGGGAUCAUACUAUUUAUAUUUUCUUUUGUCAGAGGUUGGUUUAAGUUUUGUUUUUUUGCUUAAAUUGCCAACAUUGGCUUUAUCUGUAACCCUUAUAUUAUAAAUAUAGACAGAUAUACUACAAUAAACCAAUUAACAUACGAAACUUAAUUUAAUUGACAAUAUUUAAAUCACACCCAAAAAAAUUUAAGCAAAUGACUUUGGCAGGCUUCUCAAACAUACCACAGGAUAUCCACAAAUUAUUUUGAAAAUUUUGAUGAUGCAAUGUUCAGCCCCGUUCCUAAAAAAACAAUAUGUCUUCUAUAUUUUUAUUAUUAAAGAAGCUAACAUUUGUUUUGGUUCAUCUAUAUGAUUUAAUUUUUCUUUUGAAAGAUUAAGGAGUUUGAUUACUAAUUGUCUUUUCAUUUUUGUAUUAAACUGUUGUCCUUUGAACACAAUAGUUAUCUAUCAACAUUGCAAAGAAAUUAAAAUGUAACAAAUACCCACACAAAUUAACACAUUAAGUUUACCUUGGUCACACUUUUACCCUGUCAAAUAGAUAGGGCUUAAAUGUUAAUGUUUAUAAAAAAAUAUAAGACAUGUUCUAUCCAAAGAUAAGAAAUACAUUGAAUGAGAUAUCAGUAUUAUUAGUGAAAAAUUCCUUAAUGAUAAUAUUUCUGUGUUAUUGAUAAGAGAUUGUUUUGCAAUGCUCAAUUGUAAGAAAAAUUAUACAAAGAUUAUUUUUAUGUAAUUUAUACAUAAAUAAGUUCCGUCCAUUGUUAUUAUUAUAUUCUUGUUACUGAAAACAUUUAUUUUGUAUUUUUGCGAUAUUAUAACUAUUGCUGAUUUUUAUUAUUAUAGUCUUGCUGAAUUGUAAUUGAAAAUAAAUAUUGUUGCAUUUAUAUUUUUAGUUGUUGCUGUGUUUUUAUACUUAGCCUUCUCUUCUAUUCAUGUUAAAUAUCUACUUACUGUACAUAGUGCCAUAGCCUGCUCCUAGCAGAUGUUGCCUGUACAAAAAUAAAUUUUCAGCAGUCUAAUUAAAAAUAAUUUAUUUAGGAAAGGUGACAUUUAACAUAAAUAGUUUAUGGGAAUAGAUUUCAUACUUAUAUUUGUUGAAAGUUCCAUUAUUAUUGAUAGGUGUUAGGUCAUCAAUUAAUGUAUCAGAAUGUAUAAUUUAAACUUUUACCUACUUUAUAAUCAAUUCUGGAUUUAAUUUCUGAAAUUAAGUUAUUGAUAUAAAUGGGUAUUAGCCAUAUAUACAUGGAACAGGAACAGGUCACAUUGGAAGACCAAUCAAUUGCUGUAUUAUCUGAUCCACAACAUCAAAAAUGACCUUAUUAAUAAGAAUAUGUAAUGUUUUGGAAAGUAUGUUAUUCCCAGGAAUAAAUGGCCAUGGUGUUUCUGCCUUUUCCAAAUGAUCCAUUGAAGGUUCUUUAACAAACUAGUCCAACUUAUUUUUUAGAUAGGAAUGUUGUAGAAUAUGUAGAAACUUGACCAGUUAUUGUAUUCUGUCUUUAUGAGAGACAAGUGGACGACAAUCUACACGUAAAAUCAACAUGUCACUUAUAAAUAUUUGCAUUGUAUAAAGGUUUGGAAUACA